AUGACGAGGCAACAAUCAGGACGCGCUGCAGCUGUACUUGUCUGUGCCUAUGUUUUGCUUUUGACCAACCAGGCCGUCCAUGGAUUUACGUUCCAUCAGUAUGGCGCCCCAGUGGCUGGCCCUCUCAUGGCAUCCACAUUGACGGAAGCACCUGCAGAGACCCAAAACAAGGCUCCACCCAAAGCGGCGGCGGCGCCAGCUCAAAGACGAAGAAGAGCCAAGAACAAGCAGUUCCUGAUGAAGAAAUGGAAGGCAGAACAAGCCUCAGCAAAGACAGCAAAGAAACGCAAGGCCGCGAGAGAAAAGGACUCGCAGUUUGUCAGUGCCGUGGGCUUGACCGUGUCCAAGAUUCAGGACAAGGCUACCAAAUCCAAGAAGAAAACAACUGCCAAGCAAAAGACCCCUCAGAAAUCGUCCAAGGUUGUUGAAAAGGGCAAGGGCAAGAGCAACAGGAACAUUGCUAACAAUAGCAACAAGAGAAAAGACAAAGCUCCACCGAAGAAAGAUGGCAAACUGUCCUGGACGAAAUUGGUGCCUGGAUCAAAGGUGUCUGGAACGGUUGUCAAAAAGUUGCCUUAUGGGGUUUUGGUUCAGACCGAAUAUGACGUUCCGGGGAGAACACCAGGCUGUGUUUUUCUGCACAAUAAUCAGAUGGCGGAUAGCGUCAAGGGAAACGGCAAAGACAGCGCCGAAACAAAGGGCAUGUCGGUCGGUAGCCAAGUCAAGAAUGCUCGUGUCAUCACUGUCAACCGUGAAAAGGGCACCGUCAACGUAUCUCUGGAGGCGCGCAGCACCAAACGAAUGAUCUCGAAACAAGUCUCGUCGUCACCACGCGUGGGUGACGAAGUCGAGGGCAAGGUGGUCCGGCUCCAACAAUACGGUGCCUUUAUCGAUAUUGGGUACAACCGAAACGCACUCUUGCACAUUUCCCGCAUGACCAUGUACAAGGUCUUGAACAUUGCCGAUCAUGUUAAAGUGGGGCAAACUGUCAAGGUUCGCAUUCUUCGAGCAUCAAAUGACAGCAAGGAUAUUGCAGUCAGCAUGCUCUCCAAAGAGAAUGAUGCCUUUGUCGAUCGACGAGAGCUGCAAUCCAAACGAAUGGUUCUUUGGCAACAAGUUGUGAACAGCGCGAAUGGGGAAGACUUGGAACGGACCAAGAGAGAGUUGUUGGAAAUAGAUAGACUCAUUUGGGAUCAGUUCUUGGCCCCCAAAGACGCAGGGCCACGAAGUAUGGAGGUGUAA